AUUAUUAAUUAGGUUAACACAUGCUUUUCAUAGACAUAUGAUAACACACUAGACAUGCGAUAAAAUAAUUUUAAAAAAUAUAAAAAAACACCAAGAAAAUUACAAGUUUCUGCAGGGCGAGGGUGAGAUACACGGGGGAUGAAGGGAUGUUGCCCAUUUUGACGAAGAUCUAUGUAAGGUUAAUCAAAUUCAUCGACCCGUGGGUACCGAAUCAGUUCCAGCCUUUGUGGAACCACCCAGCAGGGCCGAAGACUGUAUUUUUCUGGGCGCCGAUAUGCAAGUCUACACUUGUUCUUGCCGGUCUCGGGGACCUCAUGAGGCCGCCGGACAAGAUAAGCCUCUCCCAGACAGGGUCGGUAGGCCUGACUGGUUUGAUCUGGGCGAGGUGGUCCGUUGUCAUAAUUCCGAAGAACGUGUUUAUGUGCUUUGUGAACCUAUCAAUAUCGGCACUCCAGGGGUACCAGUUUACCAGAGCAUAUCUGUACCAACAACGUCUCUUGCAGAACCAACAAAUUGACAGUAAAAAAAAAUAAAAAAAUAUUAAAAUAAAUGCUUAAACUUUUGUAA